CUCACCAUAUCCAACUCCCCAUAGCAACCCACAAUGUUCGUCCCUCGUCGCGCCCUCUUCGCCGCCCGAAGACUCCCCACCUCCUUUCGUCCAAUUGCACGAUACGCUACCGAAGCAUCAGACGUGACGCUGCAAAAGCCUGAUGAAGAUGUUACACAAGUGAAGCAAGAAGACGUUGUCACAAAGCCGAAAUACACUCCCAGAGCUAAACCUGCACCUACAACUGCGCCUGCGAAGUCAACACCUGCAAAAUCUACACCUGCGCCUGCAAAGUCUACAUAUGCGCCCAAGACAUUUUCCGCAAAGCCCGCGGCGAGCAGCAAGAGUCCUAAGCUGGAGAGUCCACACAAGCCUGUUGCAGUGUCGAAGAGCAUUCUGAGCGAGACUAGCGAGACGGACACGGAGAACACAGAGCACAUCAAUUGGGAGACGAGCUGGUAUGGCCUUGGUGUGAAGGCUGUUACUCCUGAGCAGAAUGAGAUUCUCGCAAGACCAGUUGAUGCUGCAGAUGUGGAGGUCAAGCCCGAUGGUAUCAUCUACUUGCCAGAGGUCAAGUACCGACGACGGCUGAAUGAGGCGUUUGGACCGAUGGCUUGGGGAAUGGUCCAUCGUGGGGAUGUUGUUGUCGGUAACCAGAUCGUGACGCGUGAAUACGCUCUCAUCGUGAACGGCCGAAUGGUCUCCCAAUCGCAGGGCUAUAACAACUACUUCAGCCCCGAAUCUAUCCCUGCCGCCAUUGAGGGUGCCAAAUCCAACGCCCUGAUGCGUUGCUGCAAGGAUCUCGGUAUCGCCUCUGAACUCUGGGAUCCUGUGUACAUCCGCUGGUUCAGAAAGCAUUUUAUAGAGGAAAAAUGGGUCGAGCACGCGAUCACUAAGAAGAAGAGGACUUUCUUUUUCAAGAAGGGUGUCGCCGAGGCAACAUACCCUUACAAGUUUUGUUAGACACUGUCAUGCCUUCCUUGCACUACAUUUGUAUAGAAUCUCGGGGUGAAUAUUUCAAUGUAUGAUAUGGAUGGAUUAGACGUAUGGCUUUGGCGCAUGGAGCGAUACUGUAGUACUUCAGAGGAAAAUGAAUGGAUCACGAAUCAUCAGAC